CACUUAAAACUGUCAAAAAUUUGUAGGACUCUUCAUUGUGUUAAUUAGAUCAAUCAAUCAAUUUUAUCAAUGGCGGUGAAACUCUUCGUUGUUGCUCUCUUCUUCUCUAUGUGUAUUCUCUUCCCUUUUGCUUCAGCUGAUUCCACUGACUUCCAAUAUUGCAAUAAGAAGGCUGAUUAUGCUGUCAAGGUCAGUGGAGUUGAUAUAACACCUUAUCCUGUUAAAGGAGGUAAAGAGACCACUUUCAGUAUUGCUGCAACUACAGAUAAGAAUAUCAGCGGUGGAAAGUUAGUGAUUGACGUCAAGUACCUAUUCCUUCACGUCCACCAGGAAUCCCACGACAUUUGUAAAGAGACAUCUUGCCCUGCAUCUGGUGAUUUUGUGAUUUCUCACACUCAAGCCUUACCUGGAAUGACACCUCCUGGCUCAUAUACUCUUAAAAUGAAGAUGAUGGAUGGAAACAAUCAUGAAUUGUCUUGCAUAACCUUUGGCUUCAGCGUUAGUUUACUUGCAGAAUCAAAAGCAGUAGCAGAUAUAUAGUAAGUUGUCACCUGUGAACCAAGCGACAGCAUAAUCGCAUGUCCCAACUUUGCUGUUUCGAGGUCUCAUGUAUAUUACCUUGCUUUGUGUGAAGUUUAUCUCAGUUUCUCUUUCGUAGAUCAAGUACUUAAUGUGACAGGUAAGAAAAGAGUAGUCGACUGGCUAUUGCCUCGUUCAUGUUCACAAUUGGUACAUUGUUGAGGACUUGAGGUGAUAUGAAUCGAUCACUUUGAUUGAAAA